UUAAAAUACACAGACGUAUAACACAUACGAUCACUUAUCGAUAUGUUUGUGUACCGACUGGCAAUAGAUUUCGUGUGUAUUGGUUGACGCAAUCUAUAUUUACGCACAUUUUUAUACUAUGAUGCCACACAAACUAGUAGCAAACAACAGAAAUCGCUCUUAUGUAUACACAUGCACACAUGCAAACAUAUGAAACUUGAACGUAUCAUCAAUUUACUUUCUCUUAUUCGCUGUCAGUUUGAGUUUUUCUUUUUUUGAUUAAAGUCAUGUUCAACCGACUUUCGAAAAUAAUCUAAUUUUUCACUUGAAACUGGCAUUCACAGCUUAGAACGCAGUUUGGAAUUGAUUAUUUUGGGAAAGAACAGUUAAAUCACCGAAAGAAUAGUGAAUUCUUCGAAUUCGAAGUGAAAUAAGUCAUUUUAAUGUGAAAUAAAUUGUUGUGUUUGAAUUGAAAGUGAAACCUUCGAACGUGGGCUUAAAAAAAACACGAAAAAUCUUCUUUUGUUAAGAUAAAAAGUGAAACUAUUUAACUAUUUAAUUAAAACUUACACUGUGUUUAACCAGAUGCCUUGCGAAAUUCCGACGAAUAUUACUAAUACAAACGAAGUAACGAACUCUCGUACGCAGAACGCGUGACGAAAAACAUCAAAAUUCCACAUGAUAACUAUCUGGUUAAACGUAUAGACAUUGGACAGCAUUCUCUCGCUGUUCCUUCAAUACAGUGUUAGUUCGAGUUUAUAUUUAGACAUCCAAAGCUAAAUUCUUGAUUCGUUUUUCUUUAUUUCUUGAAUUCAACUUGAUUCGAAUAAAAUUGGAACAGUUUUGAUUUCAAUUGAUAUAUCAUAAUAAUUUAAAAGUAUUUGAUGAAACAAUAAAGAAACUCAAAUUGAUAUUUCGAAAGAACGAAAUCGAUUCCACUUAAAGGAAUAAAAAAAGGCCAAAUUCAAAGCCAAACAUCAAUUUGAAUCAAAAUUAAAUAAAUUGCAACACUCAAAAUGCCAACCACUUGUGUCGUUGAGUUCGAAAACAAUCCAGAAAAAGUAUUUUACGCGGGGCAACUUCUAUGUGGAACUGUUCAACUCACUUUGACCGAAAAGAAGAACGUGCGUGGCAUAUAUAUUGAGAUACGUGGUAAAGCCUAUGCUUAUUGGACCAGAGAAGAAGACAAAAAAACCGUAGAAUACACCGGUAAAGAGACAUAUUUGGAUAAACGAAUUUAUUUCGUUGGUGGAAAAGAAAGUGACGUUUGUGUAUCAGCCGGAAGUUAUAAUUAUAAUUUUGAAUGUAUGCUGCCGUCUAACCAGCCCACGUCGUUCGAAGGUGAAACCGGGUACAUUCGAUACACGGCUCGUGUUUGUCUUGAAAUCCCACUAUGUAAUGAUAUAGAAUUCAAAGUACCGUUCACUGUUAUCAGAGCCAUUAACUUGAAUGACGAUCCAACACUCAAAGAGCCAGUCCUUGUUGAAAAAUACAAAAAGUUCAACGCGUGUUUUCUACUGAGCUCUUGCUCAUCGGACCCAUUGCGAAUCGUCGCUCGGACUCCAGUUGGAGGCUAUACGCCCGGUCAGGUUAUAAACUUGGAAAUCGAUGUUAAAAAUAAAAGUGAUCAGGACGUGUCGGAAUUCACGGUAGAACUAAUAAAGCAAAUCGUUUAUUACGAGAAUAAGAACAGCUAUGAAACAAAAUACGAAGAGAUAUCGAUAAUUAAGCGAGAUAUUCUUGGCAGUGACGUAAACCAGGAGAAGAUGUUUCGUGUCAACUUGGAAAUUCCACCAAUCCCACCAACUGAUGAGGAUGCAAGCAAUAUCGUCAAAGUUGGAUACACGAUACGCAUAACUGGGAAAAAGAUAGGACGUCACAAAAAUCUGGUGCUUUAUCUUCCGAUCAUCAUCGGCACUUUUCCAAUUCUGGAUGCAACACCACCGUAUAAUGGGCAAUCUAACGGCUAUCCGCAAACCAAUAACGUAAUUUCGCAACAGCCAUCGGCUUCACUACUGCCAGACAAAAAUAACCUCUCAACAGUGCCAUAUCCAGGCACCACUGCUCCACUCGCUUCGUCCGAAUUCCCAGAAGACGAUCGACCAACGUAUGAGGAAUCGAUCAGAAAUGUAAAUAACCAAGAGGGUGGCGACAAUUUCAAACCGAAAUACCCAAUGUACAGACGUCAAACCUCUUAUUCAACCGGAAAUUAGAAAAUGACAACAACAAACAUUCGAAUAUUUUCACUAAUUGAAUCUCAACAAUUCCUAGCAGAUUCUUCAAUUUCAUAUUGUAAAGUGACACAAAUUUGUGUACAAAUAUUGAUUUAAGCGAAUAAAAAAAAUGCAAACAACAACAGGAGGUUGCAAUGUUAUUGUAUACAUUUCGUCAUUUCGGAUUGAUGCGACUUCAUACAAUCACAUCAUAUGCCGCUCUCUUUUCAUCGACAGACAGCGUCUUUUAGACAUUCACAUCCAUGCGUGCGGUGCCGCAUAACGCAUGGAAAAUGCGAUAGUAACAACAUCAAAAUAUUCAAACACACAACAUAUACGAUCAACAAACAAUUUGAAUAUGUUCACAUUUAUUCAAUGUUCAUACACACCCACUUCUUACGCAGGUGGAGAUUAGACAAUGUGUUUACCUUAAGACCGAUUUUAAUGGACGGUCAAUUUCUGACCAAAUGACAGUUAAAUUAUCAAUAUAUUUGAUAUGUAUUCAACGAUGCUACCUCAAUAUUGUGACACAACAUUUCCUACAUGAUUUUUUUUAGAGUGAAUAAAAUAUAA